AUGCAAGACCGAGGCGGGCAGGUUACGGGCGUUGCCAUAACGUUCCUCGUCUUGACAUGGGUGACCGUUGGGUUGCGAUGCUAUGUGAGAACAGUAAUUGUUAAAGGCUUUGGACUGGACGACAAAGUAAUGGUCGUUACACUGGCCUUUUUCACAGCAUACCUUGCAUGCCAACUCGGCGGCGCGGUACAUGGAACCGGUCAGCACCGUGAGAAUAUCACGGAUGAGGCUGCGCAAACUGCGCUCCGUUACUGGUUCUUCUGCGAAGUGUUAUACACAAUCACAACGUCGAUCUUCAAGAUUGCCAUUGGACUCUUCUUGCUACGCAUUACGAUUGUCCGAGUCCACAUCUGGAUCAUCCGGAUCAUUAUGGCCGUCGCAACAUUCGUCGGAGUCGCGUAUACACUGCUUGUAGUAUUUCAGUGUAAACCGAUCUCCUAUUGGUGGGAUCUGAAUCCCAAUCACACAGGCACAUGCCUCUCCGCAUCGCUGGUCAUGAACUUUACAUAUGUUGUCUCGGCGUUGAACUCAUUAGCGGACUGGACUUUCGGUCUCCUACCCAUUUUUGUCGUAAAAGACUUACAGAUGAAGCGCCGCGUGAAGGUCAUCGUCAGCGCGAUUAUCGGCUUAGCAGCCAUUGGCUCAACCGCAACAAUCAUCCGCCUUCCCUAUACCUCGACCCUCAAACCCUACAAAGGCGAUUUCCUCUACCGCACAACUGACUUCGCAAUUUGGACCACCGUGGAAGUCGGAGUCGGGAUAACCGCCGGCUGCAUCGCCACCCUAAAACCCCUCUUCAAAGCUGCACUGGGCUCCACAAGCCAAAACUCCGGUAUGCCGUGGUCCAAAACACCAAAAGGUUUCCAAUCGAAAACCGGCGGCUCGACAUUCGGCACGCAGCAAGCGCUCGACGACCUGCGCCCCGCCGCCGAGCGUACGAUACGCACAACAACAGUCACGGGUGGGAGGGGGAGUAGCAGCGAUGAGGAGAACUUUCUAGAUACCGGGUUGCUGGAGGAGAGAUGGGAGGGGAUACGGAAGGGCGUUACGACGACAGUGACGACGGAGGUAGCGCCUGAGAAAUCCGACAAGCAGAGGGGAGGGUAUACGUACGGUACGUCGAAGACGAAUAAGAGGAGGAGUUUUAGUCUAGGGCAAGAUAGUAACAGCACAUUAGAUGAUGCGGAGAGGAGUAAACCCGUUGGCACGUUUAAUCCGUUCCAGUAA